UAGCGAGAGAGCUAUUUGUAUCACCUUUAUUCCUCUGCUUCAACUGCAAUCGGUUAAGUCGACGACAACGACUGACUAUUGCCCCAUUCUUGCAAAUAUGCCUACUUUGUACCUUCUCCCCAGUUUCUCUGUUCUGUUCCUAUCCUCUGGAAUUAUUGCAAUCUUCUUGAGCAAGCUUUUCGCUCGCAGCGCCGAAGAAAAUCGUAUUCAAAAGGCCAACGGUUGUCAACCUGUAGCUCGAUACUGGCAAUGGGAACCUUUCCUAGGACUUGACCUGGUUUUUACCAUGGUGAGGGCCUUGAGAACAAACAAAUACCUCGAAUGGCUCAGCAAUCUUCAUGCCAACAUGCCCAAGACAUUUUCUAUCAUCUUCUUUGGUGGACGAUGGAUCUACACCACAGAGCCAGAGAUUUUGAAGGCUGUUUAUGCUACGAAUUUCAAGGACUUUGGCGUCAGUCCAAUCCGCCGCCACUCAAAAGGAUCAUACCCCUUUGCUGACAAGGGUAUAAACACUACAGACGGUGAAGACUGGGAAUUCAGUAAAUUCCUCGUCAAGCCAUUCUUCGAGCGCGAAGUUUACACAAGUCUUCUCCGAAUUGAGCAGCACGUUGAUAAGUUUAUGACACUGCUUCCCAAGGAUGGCGAAACUUUUGAUAUACAGCCACUUCUGCAACUUUGGUUUCUGGAUGUCACGAGCGAGUUCAUAUUCGGGAAAACUGUGGAUGCUAUGACGCACCCAGAUCGUGCUAAAAUCACCUGGACAAUGCUAGAUGUCUUACGUGGAGGCCGACUACGGGCACAGACCUAUAGAUUUCUAUGGCUUCUCGACUGGAAUUGGUGGCUCAAGGCUGUAGCCGAUGUUCACGACUUUGUCACGCCGCACAUUCGGUCUACAUAUAAAGAGAUUGAAGAGCGCGAGAGAAGAUUAAAGGAAGGCUUACCUGUUCCGCCUGAACGGACCGAUCUUAUUUGGUCCAUGGCGUCAAAUCUGAGGGACGAAGAGCUCUUAAGAUCCCAGCUUUGUUUGAUCAUCGUCCCUAACAAUGACACGACGUCUAUUUUUAUCAGCAAUUGCAUAUGGUAUCUUGCACGCCACCCUGAAGCUUGGGAUAAGCUUCGCCAGGAAGUUGCUGCCCUUGGAGAUGCCCCUUUAACUUUCCAGAUUUUACGAAAUAUGAAGUAUCUCAAUGGCGUCUUGAAUGAAACCCACCGACUUAUUCCUAACAAUGUCACCCAAGUCCGGGCCUGUGUUAAUGAUACAGUACUGCCCAUUGGUGGUGGACCGGACGGCAAAUCGCCAACAUUUGUCCGUAAGGGAGACGUAGUAUCCAUCACAAAGACAGCUAUGUAUCGCGAUGUUGACCACUGGGGAAAGGACGCCAACGAAUAUCACCCUGAACGAUUUGAUGGGCUGCGAGGUGGCUGGAAUUUCCUGCCUUUUGGUGGCGGCCCUAGACGGUGCCCAGCACAGAUGAUGGUCCAGACUGAAGCAGCAUACAUGCUAACUCGUCUCGCAAAAGUCUACCGUCGUAUUGAGGCUCGUGACACAGCACCUUACAAAGCUGUCAUGCGUAUUGGGCCCUCUAACGCCAACGGGGUUCAAAUUGCGUUGUACAAAUAAUGAGAUGGGGCUGUGAGCUGCAAGGAGAGUCCACUUGAGACAGCCACAGACUUUUUCUUGGCUUGAUGGCUUGAUGGUGGUCUCAUGGAUGCAUAUUCGUAGUCGUCAAUCAAGCG